AGCAGCUGGGGUCUCUUCGCUGCUUAAUCGAAGAUGAUGCAGACAGGAAAGUAAAGCAAGAUUUCAAGAUGGAAAGUCCACCAGACGCAGCUGUGGUGUUACCUAGCACUCCACAGGCUGGUGCCAAUCCACCAUCUCCCGGUACAAGCAGUUCAAGAAAACAGCCUAUGAGUGCAACCCUUAGGGAACGAUUAAGGAAAACUAGAUCUUCAUUUAAUUCUUGUUAUUGUGUGGUAAAACGACUUAAGGUAGAGAGUGAAGAAAAUGAUCAGACCUUUUCAGAGAAACCAGCACCUUCAACAGAAGAAAACUGUUUGGAAUUUCAAGAAAAUUUUAAACACAUAGACAGUGAAUUUGAAGAAAGUACAUAUUUGAAAAAUACCUUCAAGAAUAUCGAUGCAUGUGCAUCUAAAUCACUUGAUUCUGAGUCAUGCAGUGAUCUCCAGAAUGACUUUAUGAAUGAGAAUCUUCCCAAACAUGGAUUAAACAAAGAAAAAGCAAAAUUGGUGAAGCAGAUUCAGGAGAAAGAAGACCUUCUUCGGAGGCUAAAACUAGUCAAAAUGUAUAGAUCAAAGAAUGACCUGUCUCAGUUACAGAUGUUAAUAAAGAAGUGGAGAAGCUGUAGUCAACUGUUGCUUUAUGAGCUGCAGUCAGCUAUGUCUGAGGAGAACAAGAAACUAAGCCUUACUCAGAUGAUAGACCACUAUGGGUUAGAUGAUAAAUUGCUAUACUAUAACAGAAAUGAAGAAGAAUUUAUAGGUGUUUAA